CCAGCAGUACUGCGCAUGUUCCACACCACAAUGGCUCAACCAGGAGAGAAGCGGAAGCGGGAAGAUGAAGUUGAGAAUGGCGGCUCCGGGGAUACUGAGCCCUCACUCGGAACAGAACACCCACUCUCCGGGUUCCAGCUCCAGAGCGUUCUGAGAGAAUCUGCGAGGGACAAAACGAUCUUUGUGCACGGACAGGUGAGCGGUGAGGGGCAGAUUGCUGAAGAUGCAGUGGUCAUCCUGGAGAGGGCGCCCUUUCAGGCAGACACAGUCUCUUUCCUCCUCGGCAAUAAUCCUGAGCUGAAGCUUCAGUUAAAGAACGACAUCUACAGCGUUUACCAUCUGAAUCCGCCGCCUGAGCUGAAUGAAGUGAAAACCACAAUCAUCCGACCUGCAACUGAAAAACAUAUCAAGAAAUAUUUGCGUCAGGAGCUUUACCUUAUUCAGGAAACCGGGGAGGAUUAUAAGAACAUCACUCUCCCCUUCAUCGAGUCCCAGAGCUUCAGCAUCCAGUGGGUCUACAAUAUCCUGGAGAAGAAAGCGGAGGAGGACCGAAUUGUCUAUGAGAAUCCAGAUCCAGCGGUUGGCUUCAUCCUUUUACCCGACUUCAAAUGGAAUCAGAAACAGGUAGAUGAUCUGUACCUGAUCGCCAUCUGUCACCCGCGUGGCAUCAAGUCCUUACGAGAUCUUAAUGGGGAUCAUCUGCCACUGCUGAAGAAUAUCCUUCAUGAGGGACAGGCAGCCAUCUUGAAGCGGUACAACGUCCAGGGUAACCAGCUCCGGAUCUAUCUUCAUUACCAACCCUCAUAUUACCACCUACAUGUGCAUUUUGUAGCUCUGGGGCAUGAGGCACCGGGGAUCACUGUGGAGCGCGCCCAUCUCCUGAGUGACGUCAUACAGAAUCUAGAGUUGGACACUCAGUACUACACAAAGCGUGCCCUGACCUACGCCCUGCGGGCAGACGAACCACUGCUACAAAAGUUUAAAGAAGCUGGGAGAUGCUGAGAAGGUGUUUUUAUGUAUUUUUAUUUUUUUUAUUUUUAUAGUUGCCAUUUUU